UGCACCUAUCUGCGAUUAUAUUGGCCAUCAAAAAGAUUGUCAAUAUCAUCAAUUAUAUUGGCCAUCAAAAAGAUUGUCAAUAUCAUCAAUUAUAUUUGCAACUAGUUGCCAAUAUCAUCAAUUUUAUUUGCAACUAGGUUGCACCUAUCCUCGGCCAUAACAAACACCUUAAAAUUUAUAAAUAAUAAUACCAAAAUAUUCCAUUAUCUAGUCCAUCUAAUACUUCUAUAAAUAAGAAUAUAAUGAAUAAAUAUAAUCAAUUAAAACUUGGUACUGUAAUCAUCAAUUCUAAAUCAUUGGAUAUAAAGGAUAAGGUAUUAUCAUUGACAGCUCAAUUAGAAGCAAAAAUUGAAAAAGAAUUUAAGGAAAUUGGCAUCUGUGCAUAUUGUCAGAAACCUAUAAAUGAUAUAAAAAAUGGUUGUCAAGCGUUAGAUAAAAUAUAUCAUACACAAUGUUUUACCUGCAAUGCAUGUGGUAGAAUUCUUAAAAAUAAAUCAUUUUACAUGGUCAAAGAAAAAAUAUUCUGCCAAGAGGAUUAUUUUUAUUCAGGGUUUCAAGAAGCUACAGAAAAAUGUUCUUCCUGUGAACAUUUAAUUAUGGACAGAGUUUUGCAUGCACUUGGCAAAUCCUAUCACCCUGGAUGUUUUCGAUGUUUCAUCUGUAAUAAAAGUUUAGAUGGUGUGCCAUAUACUAUGGGAAAGGAUAACAAAAUAUAUUGCUAUAAAGAUUAUCACAAAAUGUUUAGCAUUAAAUGCCAUAAAUGUCAAAAAGUAAUCACUCCAAAUGAACAAACCGGAGAAAUCGUACGCGUAAUUUACUUCGAAAAGGAAUUCCAUGUGGAUUGCUUCAAAUGCGACUUUUGUCACAGAUUCUUGAACAACGAAGGGGACAACAAAUACGCCCUCUAUUUACACGAUCGUUAUUUAAUAUGCGUCAAAUGCAAUCGAACCUAGUCAGUCAAUCAAUCAACCAAUAAAAAGCUCAUUUCGCGAUUCUACCUUGUCACAAUAAAAAACGAAGCAUCUCAUACACACACAAAAAAAUAAAAUCCAUUUUUAUCUAAUAUUUUUACAUACAUUUUUUUUGUUUUGAAAUACUUAAAUUAUAUAUUUUCAUUUCUAAAUGAUUAGAGAUGAGUGACGAACAAAUUAUUUAUAUAUUUACAAUAUUAAUUUUUGAUAUACUUUAUUAUGACCCCAUGGGAUAGUAUUAAGUCAUUUUACAAAUGGUAUC